AUGGCGCCCGACAUCAACUCCCUCCCGACCUCACCGCGUCCCGACCAGCACCGCACCUCACAGCCGCCCUCUACCUCUGCCUCGAGAAGGACAUCCGCCGUCAUGCCUCCACCGAGUCAGCCUACUUCUGCCGUGACGGGCGGUCCACGCAGUCCGAUCAUGAGCAGCAACGAGAACAAUGUGCCCAUGAGACACCCGAGGCCCCUCACCGCGGCGGAGUUGUACGCCGAGUGUGAGAAGGAGCAGGAAGCUGUUGUACGUACACCAAGAAGAGACGAUAUGUAUAGAGACUGAUAUGACGGAAUACAGGUCAACCGUCUCACCCGCGAGCUCACGGCCUUGCGCGCCCAGUCGGCCUCAGUCGCCAGCAAUGCCUCAGUCUCGUCCAACUCCACCUCUGCUUCCCUCUUGCCCGUCGACAUCUCAGACCCGAAUCCCACGCACCAGAUGACGGGAGCUACACACCCAACGCCCUCUCGGAGACACCGCUCGUCUUCGUCAGUCAGCACGAGAAGUAUUCCGACUCCUGCAACGAGCGUUUCCCAGGCGGGCAGCGGUGCAACCAACCACUCCACACAAGUCCAAGCCGGCAGCACCACCAACACUGCGACACUGAACGGCGUCUCUCAGGCACAAGCAGACCGCGCAGCAGCAGCAGGAGGCGGACCACGAGACAAUCUCAGCCGGCAACCGUCAGCCAGCGCCUCGGGGACAUCUACUCCAGCCCGCCAAUCCAUGGAGAUACCUCGCAUGAGCGGUGGCAGCUACACACUUCCAUACCGAACCUCCAUCUCUCGCGAGACCCCCACGUCCUCCACCCACGCUCAAGCUGGCACACCACCAGUAGCAAACAUCCAACAACUCCCCUCGCCCGCCCAAUCUCCCAGCGUCAUUUCCGCCAUGCAGCACUACGCCGACACCGCAGCCUACCGCACCGAGAUGGAAAUCGUAAAGGCCGAGAACGAUGCUCUGCGCCAACGAGUUCGAAUGCUGGAGCGUGCCCUCCGCGCUCGUCGUCGAGAUAGCAGCCAAUCCGAUGCCCACCGGCCAGCAGAUCUCCGUCCGACGCCCGAGACUUCCGAAUCUGGCGCAAUGCGUGCAACGAGUGUCGUCGUCUCCCCACCACCAUCAGCGGGCCUCGGAGUAGCAGCAUGGGCAGCAAAUGAUGGGGGAGUUCGAGGAGUCGCCGGCCCCCGAGAGAGGAGUGAGAGUCAGAGUACGACGGCCAGUAGCCGACGCGGAAUGGGUGGCGGUGCUGCGGCAGAGGAUGAGGUACGUGUUGGGGAGAGCGCUAGUAGCGUUGGAGUCUUUCGGGGAGUAUAG